CCUUACUAUAUUUACCCUUCCUUUGCAUCCCCCUCAAAAAAAGAGGGCGCUCCGGAGGCAGAAAUAGAACUAGCCAACAGAGCCCCAAAAUUGGGUAUUAACUGAGACAAACAACGGGCAAACUGUUUUUAAAAGGAAGGGAGAGGUAGACUGUCCCUUUCAUUUCAUUUUUAUUUUCUGCAAGGUAGGGAGAAGCCUUGCGCCUUCUUUUUGUGAAGGCAAGUGGCUUCGCAAAUUGCUCAAUUUUGCCCUCUAGGGCCCGGAACUAAUGAAUAAAAAAGGGUUGGAUACGCCCCUCUACCAUAUCUAGAGAAAUAGAAUACUCCUUUUAUAGAGACUGCUAAGUGCGGAGACGGGAAUCGAACCCGUGACCUCAAGGUUAUGAGCCUCGUGAGCUACCAAACUGCUCUACUCCGCUCUGUAGUACCAGAAACUGGUGGACAAAAAAGGCUUGAAUACAAGCCUUUAACAUGUCUAGACAAAUAGAAUACUCCUUUUAUACAGAAUGGAGCGGGUAGCGGGAAUCGAACCCGCAUCGUUAGCUUGGAAGGCUAGGGGUUAUAGUCGACGUUGGUUGAUUAUUUUUAACGUCUCUAAUUCAAAACCGAACAUGAAAUUUUGAUUUCAUUCGGCUCCUUUAUGGAUAUUCUCACCACUUAACAUCUAUGUCAGCUUUUCUAUUUGAAUGGAACCAAAGCUCUCUGCUUUCUAGAUGAUCCUUAUAGAGUAGGAGAUAGAAAUUCUAUCUAAAUCCAUCUAAUCUACUUACUUCGUUCCCUAAUUUCAUUCAAGAGAUCCUGAGGAAAAGAAUUGGGUUUCCACCGAGCUGAAACAAUAUGCGGAUGGUUCUAGUAAACCAAAACUAUCGUUUUUUAGCUAUUUGGCUUCCUUAUCCUUUAACAAAAGAAGAUUUAGUUACGAUUGGAAAUCAACUUUUUUGUAUCUUCAUCCAUAGAUCCUUUACUCAUAUUUUCAAAAUUGGAAUACUUAAAUCCAAUGCAAAAUUAUGCUUCGCGACUCUGUACUCAUAUCAUAAUCCAAUUUUUAUUUUGGAUGCAAUUUAAAUUAGUUUUUGGGUACAAAUCGCCAGAAUGUAUAUUCUUCCUCAAUAUGCUAUUGAGAGGAAAAGGAUUUAAUCCUUUAUAAGAACUAAAGUUUUCAUCGGAAUAUAAAAAAAAACUUAAGGAUGCCUUAAGUAUAUCAUUUCAAAUUCAGUUAUUAAUAGAACGAAUCACACUUUUACCACUAAACUAUACCCGCUACAUUGUAUAUUAUGGUAUAAAUGGUACCCUUUGUCAAGGAUAGCCAUUUGACAAGGAGGCUAAUUCCCCCUUAUUGAAUCAGAUGGAGAAGGUUCAUGACACUGAGCCAUUGGUACUUCUACUUCGAUCGCGCGCCUUUACUUUAGGAUUUAGAUAGCCCCUCUCCCUCUGGUCUGUAAAAUAAAUCUCUUCUUACCCUGCUAAUAGCGCCUGAACCAAAUGUAUUUAUUUUGAUUAGGAUCCUAUCCUAUUCUACGGUUACGACUACAAUAAUCAUUAUUUACUUUGCGAGGACGUAAGUGUGCCAGACUGCUAAAUUGUUUUAUUAUUCCUACAAUAUAAACUAGGGGAUAUAGGGGGUAACACUGUCCCUAUAAAUUCCUUUUUUCCUUUUCUUUUUUGUCCAGAAUUGAACAAAAAAGAAAUUAUAGAAGAUGUUUUCUUCCCCCAUUAAGUCCGAGCCAUAGAGUAAGAGUGAGAUGAGUUUUCCAAAUUCAUCAUAGACUUUCCCUAUGGCUUGAUAGAAGUAAGAAGCAAAGAGUUGUAACUUAAAGAGUCGUAACUUAAAGAAAAAAACGGACAGGGCUGACAGAUUUACCUGAUGUAAAGAAGAUCCUAAAAGUCUAUGAUUAGUCGACUCUCUCCAUUUAACACUUUCCUCUCUCUCCUUUUUUCCACUGACUCAAUGCUAGUUUAUUAGAUUCUUGUUUAAAAGAAUCAAAAAAGUUCAAUAGAACUAAGAACACAUAAAAAAUAGCAUAGAGGAUCAAGGCCAUUACCAAAAGUUCCUCCCAAGGAUCCUAUCCUAUUGGGUAUCUGUUCCCUGCCUUUUCCCGCUAGGAUUGGAAAUCUUAUAUUUUCCAUAUACCAUUGAAUCCUUGGGGUUCCAGAAUCCGCCUAUUUUACUAGCCUUCGGAAACGGAAAACCAUGAACCAAGAAGAGUUGGGUAUGUUUUUUUUUCUUAAUUUUAUUUUGAGCUCUCAAGAUAUCAAUACAUAUACAAUCUAUACAUAAUGUCUCUCUCUAUAUCUCUAUAUAUUAUAUAUAUAUAAUAUGUACAUUAUGCAGUAGACCCAUAAUGGGAAAUCAAAGUGGCAAAUUUUUGAAUUAAAUAAAAAGCCCUUUUAACUCAGUGGUAGAGUAAUGCCAUGGUAAGGCAUAAGUCAUCGGUUCAAAUCCGAUAAAGGGCUUUUUAAAUUAGUGGUAGAGUAAUCUCGUGCUAAGACGUAAGUCAUUGGUUCGAAUCUGAUAGAGUACUUUUCUACUAAAUUGAUUCGCUUUUUUCUUUGUUUUUGAAGCUUUCUCUUUAGAGAAUUUUAUGACUUAGUGCGGGAUGAAUGCAUUUUUGGUCUGAACACUAAAUGAAGCACGGAAUGGAAAUAAAAAAAAAAUUGGACUCUUUUUCAUCUUAUCUUAGAUCAAUAAAAUAACUACCUGUACUGAACUAAUCUAGAAUCCCUUUUAGUAAUCCAUUCUUAUUCUAUACAUUUAAAAUGAAUUUCCCUAAAAGGUAGAGGAUGAUCCAUGAAUUAAUCUAACCAUCAACUAAAAAAAUCCUAGAUGAAAACAUAGCAGAAAAGUUAGAAAAACUCUUUGCUUUGGAUCUAGUUAUACUUUUCGAGUAUAUUGACAAUUCAAAAAAACUGCUCAUACUAUGAUUAUAGUAUAAUCACGAGCGGUUGUAUAUGGCCCUAUCGUCUAGUGAUGCCCCUAUCGUCUAGUGGUUCAGGACAUCUCUCUUUCAAGGAGGCAGCGGGGAUUCGACUUCCCCUGGGGGUAGGGAGUAUUAUGAAAGGAGGUUAAUCAUAGAUUAGCAAAAACCCUAGAAUAAAUUCUUCCUGGGUCGAUGCCCGAGUGGUUAAUGGGGACGGACUGUAAAUUCGUUGACAAUGUCUACGCUGGUUCAAAUCCAGCUCGGCCCAAAAAUCUAGGGCUUCGUGAAUAUGAACUAAAUCCUUUUGUUUUUCUCCCAUAAAAUAAAAUGUCUGAUCUAUAGAAAUAAAAGAGAAAUAAAAAAGGGGAUUUUUUUUUCUAAUCCAUAUCUCUCUCAUUCCUUUCUUACAAACAAAAGAGUUUUUCUUGUUGAAGGGUGGAUUAUUAUCCAUUUUUAGUGAUAAAAAAUCACGACAUACUAGUUAUGUCACUCUCACUAUACCCACGUAUAAUAUAAUAUUAAUAUGUGGGUAUGUAGUAUAUGAUUCGUCUAUUUCUUAGAGUACGACAGACGAAUCGAAUCUUCUUAUGGUUCUAUUUAAGAAUGGGUAUGCCAUACACCCCGCGGGGAUUGUAGUUCAAUUGGUCAGAGCACCGCCCUGUCAAGGCGGAAGCUGCGGGUUCGAGCCCCGUCAGUCCCGAACUAGGGUUCAAUGAAUGGAGAAAUUCAUAUUUCCUUUUUCCAUGAAAAAAAAGGGGCAGGGAGCAAGAUCAAAUACCCAUAGGGCACCCUUACUUCACUUUUUUAUUUUGCAUCUCUCAUUAAAGAGGGAGGGAAGGAGUAUAGGAAUUUUUUUCACUACUCCCGAUCGAUAAAGAUAAAGAAAGACACACAUACGAUAUGUGGAUUAGUAGAAUUUUAGGAUAUUACUCUAUCUUUCUUUAUGAUGAUACCAUCCUCAUCUUAAUUUCCUAUUCCACUGUUAUGGAAUAGAGUACCGGUAUUUUACCGGAAUCCAUACAUAAAUUGUAUUCCCUUUUUAUUUCAGACCUCUUUUCCCCAUCUCACUUCUACUGCUUAUUUGGAUGUCUAUGUGACCCAUAGAAAGUUGCUCAUAUAAUACAUACAUAAUUGUAUGUAUAACUAUAAGAAAAAGGAAGAGAAAUUGUAUAAGAUUAAGAAAGCUCGUGGGUUAGAGAUAUAGAAAAGAAAAAGUAGAAAAAAAAGGAUUAAAAAAGAGGGAAUUCCUAAUCCAAUCAAAAAACCCAUUUUGGUCUUAGUAUGGAUAUAGGAUCUUCCUAUGUUAUACUAUAUAACUCUCAUCCAUGAAUUGAUUUGAUAGAUCCGAUAUUCAUAAUAUUGAAUUGAUUCAGUAUUAUCAGAAUGCAAGCCCUACCCUUGAAUUUACAAGAUACCCCUUUUUCCUCUCCAUGGGAUUACAUCCCGAGUUAUUGUGAAAAUAAAAAAUAAAGAGGUUAUGGAAGUCAAUAUUCUCGCAUUUAUUGCUACUGCACUGUUCAUUCUAAUUCCUACUUCUUUUUUACUUAUUAUUUAUGUAAAAACAGUCAGCCAAAAUAAUUAAGUGGAAUUCCAAUUAAUCAUUGAAGAAAUGAAAAAGGGAUUAAAUAAAAAAAAUCCAAGUCUUAAAUGAAAGGAUCUGGUUGGAAUCUUAAAGUGUGGUAGAAAGAACUACAUAUAGUUUUUUCUACGACACUUUAGAGUCUUUCUAUUAUAUUAUCUUUGAAUCUACAUAGAAUAGAUUAGUAGAUUGAAAUAGUUAAGUAGUCUAAUUCAAUUUCUUUUUUCAUUGCAUCCACUUAAUUUCAAUCAGGUCAAAAUAAAAAAAUCGAAGACAAUUCUUGACCAAAGAAUCCAUGGAAGGAAAGAAAAAUAAUAUAAGAAUAGACUAUAGUAAAAAGUAAAAGGAAAAAACCAGCGAAUCUUUCAUGCUUAAAUAUCCCGCGAGAUGCUUCAAAAGAGAAUAAAAAUUAUUCUAAGAAUAAAGAAAGAGUAUAAAACAAAUGGAAAAUGUGUGAUAUGCCGUGAAUAGUUCCGUGGAAGAAAGUCUAAUUUUCUUAUGUAUAGAACUUUUUUUAACCAUUAGUCAUUUCUAGUAGAAAUUCUUAAUUGGUAUAAUGGCUCUUUCUUACAAUACAAGAGUUUCUUACAGGAGUGAAACAAAACUAAAGAAAAAGAUUAAAGAAUAACGUUUGACAAAAUAAUUAAUGCAAAACGAUCAAUUAAAAAAAGAAUUGAUACAACAAUUUGAUUACUUAAUCAAUUAGUAGUAUCGUAUCCCUAGAGUCCACUCCUUCCCCAUACUACUAGUGAAAGAGAAAAUGUAAAGACUACCAUUAAAGCAGCCCAAGCGAGACUUACUAUAUCCAUCUAAAUUAUGUCUCCUAUUUCUAUGAAGGGAUUAUUCUACUAUUGAUCAAUAAUCAUAGUGGAAUCAAGGGUACAGAGUCAAAAAGGGCUUCUGCCCUAAGGCCAUGGAUCAAUCAGUUCAAGGAAUUUACUCCUAACAAAUUCUUAUAGGAAUUCUUGUAGAAUUAGAGAGCAUUAAAAAUACGAUACUAUAAAGCCCUUUUUUCCUUACCUUAAAAAAGAAAGAGUACGGGAAUGAUGUCCUGAAUAGAAGAAGCGGGAAUAGGAAGAUUUUUUAUUCCUUUUGUUACUCUAGUGUAUGUAGGUCACAUAAGAUGUACGAUAAAAAAAUGUAUGAUAAUUAGGAAGUCUUGAUAUUCUUUCGUGGAGUCCCUUCUGGAAUCUUAGAUUGAAAAAGAGAAGAAUGCCCCUUAGGGACCUUUCUUUGGAUACCAAGAUUUCUGACAUCUUAUCCUCGUAUUUAAAAAUUCUCAAAUCGAAUCAAUUAAGAACCAAUUCAAAUUCAUAUAAUAAAAGAAUAAGGAAACACUACCUCACCCCUAUUGAUAACCAUUUUGGCCACUACCGCCAAAACAAACCCUAACCCUAGUUUAAGGAUAGAACUAUGGUAUGGUUUCUCUAAACCCAGUAUCGGCAGGCUUAGUUACUCUCUUGCCCGAACUUAUGCGAAGUAAAAAUUGAUUGAAUUCGAUCAGUACUAGAAAACCUAAGUAUUUUAUUGAUCAGGCGGCACCCAGAUUUGAACUGGGGAUAAAGGAUUUGCAGUCCCCUGCCUUACCGCUUGGCCAUGCCGCCAAAAAAUCCGAUCGAAAAUCUAGAAAACAGCAAGUAUUCAUCCACGUUUUCUUACGAAAAGCCCCUUUCUUUUAUUUUGAAUAUAAUUAAACUUACUUUUUUCCAAUCUUUUUCAAAAAAGAUACUCCUGCUUUUUUUGAUCCAGUUUCGAUUAUUCUCCUCGAUAGAUUCUAUCUUAAAACAUACAUUGCUAACACAAUAAAACUUCCCAUUUCUUUCUAUUGAGAUGAAAAAGAAGAAAAGUGGAUUUCUAGUCACAGGCUGCAAAAUUCAGAACAAAUUGGAACCAUUAACUAGAAUUCUCUUUCUUUUUUGAAUUGCAGUAGUGAACUACUCUUAAAUCGGUAUUAUCUCCCCCCCUUCAAUUUCAAUGGCAUAAUAAAAUAUUAUGGCUUUAUGCUUAAUCCGUGUAUAGGUGAACUUUAGGUCCGAGCAGCAUUAUUAUCCAAAGAUCCCCUUUAUGUACAUAUCUCUAUGGGGAAUCGUGCUUUAAUUUUUCAAAGUAUUAAAUUAAAUAUCUUGAAUAAAAAAAGGAAAUUUGCUCUGAUAUUAGAGUAUAACCUGACUAUCUUGGCCUACCCAAGUGAAAUUACGAUAAAAGAAAAGCAUGGAUAUGGGGAGAGGUGGAUAAUUAGAUUGGCAUGUACUUAAAAAAGGGACUUACUUUAUUUUAGAAUUCCACAAUGAAAUACUUAAUUUUCUAGCAAUUAUACUACUCCGAUCCGAAAUAAAAAAGAACCCUCAAAUUAUUUUUAGAAAUUAAAGUAAGCACGCUAUUCUAAAUCGAAGUAAAGUAAAACUUUCUAGUGUAUUAUAUUACGGCUUUAUUACAUUCAUAGAAAGGGGAUAAAAUGAGAAAUCUUUGCCAUUCAAUCUGAUUAGAAUAUUAUAAAGUAUAAGUGGCAUAAUUUUUUUUGUAGGAAUAUUUUAGCAAUUCAUUUUCAUUUCAUUUGUACCCCUGGUAAACUAGAAUUUUCGUCGAAAUGGUCUCUAUUCAUAUGUAUGAAAUACAUAUAUGAAAUACGUAUGUGGAGUUCCCUAGAAUUUCAUGUGAUUCAGUAAACAGAAUAUAGAUUCCAUGAUUGCUAGAUCAAUCCGUAGGGAUUGAUGAAGAGUGAGCUGAUAAUGGAAUUUUUCUUUGAUAAACAGGAAACUUAAGAUUAAGAUGCUCCGGAAUGGAAACGAGGGAAUGUCCACAAUACCCGGAUUUAGUCAGAUCCAAUUCGAGGGAUUUUUUAGGUUCAUUAAUCAAGCCUUGGCAGAAGAACUUGACAAGUUUCCAACAAUUAAAGAUCCAGAUCACGAAAUUGCAUUUCAAUUAUUUGCGAAAGGAUAUCAAUUGCUAGAACCCUCGAUAAAAGAAAGAGAUGCUGUGUAUGAAUCACUCACCUAUUCUUCCGAAUUAUAUGUAUCUGCGAGAUUAAUUUUUGGUUUCGAUGUGCAAAAGCAAACCAUUUCUAUCGGAAACAUUCCUAUAAUGAAUUCCUUAGGAACCUUUAUUAUAAAUGGAAUAUACCGAAUUGUGAUCAAUCAAAUAUUGCUAAGUCCUGGUAUUUACUACCGCUCGGAAUUAGAUCAUAAGGGAAUUUCUAUCUACACCGGGACUAUAAUAUCAGAUUGGGGAGGGAGAUCGGAAUUAGCAAUUGAUAAAAAAGAAAGGAUAUGGGCUCGCGUGAGUAGAAAACAAAAGAUAUCUAUUCUAGUUCUAUCAUCAGCUAUGGGUUCGAAUCUAAGAGAAAUUCUAGAUAAUGUUUCCUACCCUGAAAUUUUCUUGUCUUUCCCGAAUGCUAAGGAGAAGAAGAGGAUUGAGUCAAAAGAAAAAGCUAUUUUGGAGUUUUAUCAACAAUUUGCUUGUGUAGGUGGGGACCUGGUAUUUUCGGAGUCCUUAUGCGAGGAAUUACAAAAGAAAUUUUUUCAACAAAAAUGUGAAUUAGGAAGGAUUGGUCGACGAAAUAUGAAUCGGAGACUUAAUCUUGAUAUACCUCAGAACAAUACAUUCUUGUUACCACGAGAUGUAUUGGCCGCUACGGAUCAUUUGAUUGGAAUGAAAUUUGGAACGGGUAUACUUGACGAUGACGAUAUGAAUCACUUGAAAAAUAAACGUAUUCGUUCGGUUGCGGAUCUGUUACAAGAUCAAUUCGGAUUGGCUCUUGGUCGUUUACAACAUGCAGUUCAAAAAACUAUUCGUAGAGUAUUCAUACGUCAAUCGAAACCGACUCCCCAAACUUUGGUAACUCCAACUUCAACUUCAAUUUUAUUAAUAACUACUUAUGAGACCUUUUUUGGCACAUACCCAUUAUCUCAAGUUUUUGAUCAAACGAAUCCAUUGACACAAACUGUUCAUGGGCGAAAAGUGAGUUGUUUAGGUCCUGGAGGGUUGACGGGGAGAACCGCAAGUUUUCGGAGCCGAGAUAUUCAUCCGAGUCACUAUGGGCGUAUUUGUCCAAUUGACACGUCUGAAGGAAUCAAUGUUGGACUUACUGGAUCCUUAGCAAUUCAUGCGAGAAUUGAUCACUUGUGGGGAUCUAUAGAGAGUCCGUUUUAUGAAAUAUCUGCUGAGAAAGCAAAAGAAAAAAAAGAGAGACAGGUGGUUUAUCUAUCACCAAAUAGAGAUGAGUAUUAUAUGAUAGCAGCAGGAAAUUCUUUGUCCUUGAAUCAAGGUAUUCAGGAAGAACAGGUUGUUCCAGCUAGAUACCGCCAAGAAUUCUUGACUAUUGCAUGGGAACAGAUUCAUGUUAGAAGUAUUUUUCCUUUCCAAUAUUUUUCUAUUGGGGGUUCUCUCAUUCCUUUUAUUGAGCACAAUGAUGCGAAUCGGGCUUUAAUGAGUUCUAAUAUGCAGCGCCAAGCAGUUCCACUUUCUCGGUCCGAGAAAUGCAUUGUUGGAACUGGAUUGGAACGCCAAACAGCUCUAGAUUCGAGGGUUUCCGUUAUAGCCGAACGCGAGGGAAAGAUCAUUUCUACUGAUAGUCAUAAGAUACUUUUAUCAAGUAGUGGGAAGACUAUAAGUAUUCCUUUAGUUAACCACCGUCGCUCUAACAAAAAUACUUGUAUGCACCAAAAACCUCGGGUUCCACGGGGUAAAUCCAUUAAAAAAGGACAAAUUUUAGCAGAAGGAGCUGCUACAGUUGGGGGGGAACUUGCUUUAGGAAAAAACGUAUUAGUAGCUUAUAUGCCAUGGGAAGGUUACAAUUUUGAAGACGCAGUACUAAUUAGCGAACGUUUGGUAUAUGAGGAUAUUUAUACCUCUUUUCACAUCCGGAAAUAUGAAAUUCAGACGGAUACGACAAGCCAGGGCUCCGCUGAAAAAAUCACUAAAGAAAUACCACAUCUAGAAGAACAUUUACUCCGCAAUUUGGACAAAAAUGGAGUUGUUAGGUUGGGAUCCUGGGUAGAAACUGGUGAUAUUUUAGUAGGUAAAUUAACGCCUCAGAUAGCGAGCGAAUCAUCAUAUAUCGCAGAAGCUGGAUUAUUACGGGCCAUAUUCGGCCUUGAGGUUUCCACUUCAAAAGAAACUUCUCUGAAAUUACCUAUAGGUGGAAGAGGGCGCGUUAUCGAUGUGAAAUGGAUCCAAAGGGACCCCCUCGACAUAAUGGUUCGUGUAUAUAUUUUACAGAAACGUGAAAUCAAAGUUGGGGAUAAAGUAGCCGGAAGACAUGGGAAUAAAGGGAUCAUUUCCAAAAUUUUGCCUAGGCAAGAUAUGCCCUAUUUGCAAGAUGGAACACCCGUUGAUAUGGUCUUCAAUCCCUUAGGAGUACCCUCCCGAAUGAAUGUGGGACAAAUAUUUGAAAGCUCGCUCGGAUUAGCGGGGGAUCUGCUAAAGAAACAUUAUAGAAUAGCACCCUUUGAUGAGAGAUAUGAGCAAGAGGCUUCAAGAAAACUUGUGUUUUCAGAAUUAUAUGAAGCCAGUAAAGAAACAAAAAAUCCAUGGGUAUUUGAACCCGAGUACCCGGGAAAAAGCAGAAUAUUUGAUGGAAGAACAGGCGACCCCUUUGAGCAACCUGUUCUAAUAGGGAAGUCCUAUAUCUUAAAAUUAAUUCAUCAAGUUGAUGAGAAAAUUCAUGGGCGUUCUACUGGGCCCUACUCACUUGUUACACAACAACCGGUUAGAGGAAGAGCCAAGCAAGGGGGACAACGAGUAGGAGAAAUGGAAGUUUGGGCUUUAGAAGGAUUUGGUGUUGCUCAUAUUUUACAAGAGAUACUUACUUAUAAAUCUGACCAUCUUAUAGCUCGCCAAGAAAUACUUAAUGCUACGAUCUGGGGAAAAAGAAUACCUAAUCAUGAGGAUCCUCCAGAAUCUUUUCGAGUGCUCGUUCGAGAACUACGAUCUUUGGCUCUAGAACUGAAUCAUUUCCUUGUAUCUGAAAAGAACUUCCAGGUUAAUAGGGAGGAAGUUUGAUCGGAAUAAAUAUAAAUUCUUUUCUUAUUUCUAUUUUAUGAUUGACCAAUAUAAACAUCAACAACUUCAAAUUGGACUCGUUUCCCCUCAACAAAUAAAGGCUUGGGCUAACAAAAACCUACCUAAUGGAGAAGCCGUUGGCGAAGUCACAAGGCCCUCUACUUUUCAUUAUAAAACCGAUAAACCAGAAAAAGAUGGAUUGUUUUGCGAAAGAAUCUUUGGACCCAUAAAAAGCGGGAUUUGCGGUUGUGGCAAUUCUCGAGCGAGCGGAGCUGAAAACGAAGACGAAAGAUUUUGCCAAAAAUGCGGGGUAGAAUUUGUGGAUUCUCGGAUACGAAGAUAUCAAAUGGGAUACAUCAAACUCGCAUGUCCCGUGACUCAUGUGUGGUAUUUGAAAGGUCUUCCUAGUUAUAUCGCGAAUCUUUUAGAUAAACCUCUUAAGAAGUUGGAGGGCCUAGUAUACGGCGAUUUCUCUUUUGCUAGGCCCAGCACUAAAAAACCCACUUUUUUACGAUUACGAGGUUUAUUCGAAGAGGAAAUUGCAUCCUGUAACCACAGCAUUUCUCCCUUUUUUUCUACCCCAGGCUUUGCAACAUUUCGAAAUCGGGAAAUUGCGACAGGAGCAGGUGCUAUUAGAGAACAAUUAGCAGAUUUGGAUUUGCGAAUUAUUAUAGAGAAUUCUUUGGUCGAAUGGAAGGAAUUAGAAGACGAGGGGUAUAGUGGAGAUGAGUGGGAAGAUAGAAAAA